AUGAUAGACGAUUGUGGACCAACAAUGAAAGGGCUUGUUAUGGACAAAGAAACGGCUGCCAUUGUGAGUAUGGUUUAUGCACAAUCAGAAAUAUUACAAAAAGAAGUAUUUUUGUUUGAACGUAUCGAUAUACCUGGACAGAAAUCGUUAAAACACUUGAGUUGUAUCUGUUUUGUACGGCCAACAGAAGAAAAUAUUCAAGCAUUGGCCCGAGAAUUACGCGAUCCAAAAUAUGGCUCAUAUUUUAUAUAUUUUACCAAUUUUAUCGAAAUGAGUGAUGUCAAAGCAUUAGCCGAAGCAGACGAAUUCGAAUGUGUCCGAGUUAUAAAGGAGUAUUAUGGCGAUUAUUUGGCUGUUAAUCCACACUUAUUUUCGUUAAAUACUCCAAUAUGUUGUAAGACAAACUACGAAUGGAAUGAUAUUGUUCUUAGACGGUGCAUUCAAGGACUUGUUUCAUUAUUGUUAUCAUUGAGAAAAAAGAGUGCAUCAAUAAGAUAUCAGAAAUCGUCGAAUAUGGCGAAAAUAUUAGCAGAUAAAUUGACUAAUACCCUUCAACGUCAAGCGGAGUUCAAUAUAUCAUCGAAUACAAAUGAUGCUACUCAAACAAUUUUACUCAUUCUUGAUCGUCGUGAAGAUGCAAUAACACCAUUAUUGAAUCAGUGGACGUAUCAAGCAAUGGUUCAUGAAUUACUUGGUAUUAGAAAUAAUCGUGUGAGUCUAAGUCAAGUACCCGGUAUAUCAAAAGAUCUUGAAGAAGUUGUGAUGAAUGGUGAAUACGAUGAGUUUUAUGCUAGUAAUUUAUAUAGUAAUUUUGGUGAAAUAGCAACAAAUAUUAAAUUACUUAUGGAACGUUUUCAAGAAAAACAUAAAAGUCAAUCAAAAAUCGAAUCCAUUACCGACAUGAAAACAUUUAUUGAAAACUAUCCUCAAUUUAAAAAAUUAUCUGGUACUGUCUCAAAACAUGUUACAAUUGUCAGUGAAUUAUCUCGAUUAGUUGGUCUACAUCACUUACUUGAAGUAUCUGAAACUGAGCAACAUCUUGUUUGUCAAGGUGAUCAUAAUGAAGUUGUUCAAAAAUUAAAACGUUUAAUAAAAGAUGAUAAAAUUCAUGAUAGUGAUAUUUUGAGAUUACUUUGUUUAUAUGCUUUACGUUACGAAAGACAUGCCAGUAAUGAAUUAAAUACACUUAAACGAGAAGCACAACAUCAUAGAAAAAAAUUUACCGAUAACUAUUUACAGUUUCUUCAAGCUAUAUUGGAUUAUGGUGGAUUAAAAUUUCGUCAAGCUGAUUUAUUUAAUACUCAAACACCAAUGGCGAUAACAAAAAGAUUUAUUAAAGGACUUCGAGGUGUAGAUAAUGUUUACGCACAACAUUCUCCACUUGUACGUGAUAUUCUUGAUCAAUUAUUACGUGGAAAAUUAAAAGAUACAUUAUAUCCAACAGCAGUAUCAAAAGAUCAAACAAGUUAUAAAAGUCAAAAUCAAUCACAGCAACAACAACAGCAACAACAACAACAACAACAGCAGCAGAUUGUCAAACCAAGCGAAAUAAUUGUAUUUAUUAUUGGCGGUGUCACUUACGAAGAAUCCUUGAACGUAGUACAAAUGAAUAAAUUAGGGGCAAAAAUUAUCUUAGGUGGUUCAACUGUGCAUAAUUUCCAUACAUUUAUGGAUGAAGUUUUAGCUGGUUAUAUGCCCUCAUCGACUGAUCCUAAUUCUAGACGGCGUUAA